GUUAUGGAGGAUCUUUUCAAGACCGCGACAAGCAUCGUGCUCUCCAGAUGUCCUCAAGAUGUUGAGCUUUUUCAUAAAUAUGUAUCUUCUGCCCAAAAGGGCAGGUUAGAACAGAUGCUGAAGAACAAAUUCAUAACAAUUUCCUACACCGAAGCAGUGGAAAUUUUAAAGCGAGCUCCUCAGACAUUCACUUUCCAACCAAAGUGGGGCAGCGAUCUCCAAACUGAACAUGAGAAAUACCUGGUGAAGCACUGCGGCGAGGUUCCUGUGUUUGUGGUUAACUACCCGUAUGAUCUCAAACCUUUCUACAUGCGGGACAACGAAGAUGGACCUCAACACACAGUUGCAGCCGUUGAUCUUCUGGUACCAGGAAUAGGGGAGUUAUGUGGCGGCAGCCUGAGAGAGGAGCGACUGCAUUUUCUGCAAUCACGCUUAGAGAGGUAUGGAGAAACCCUAUGGCUGAUUACUAGCAGUAGCGGAGGAACAGUCUG